AUGAAAAUGAAGCAUCAGUUUAAAAUUGAAACGUGUAACGGUUAGAAACUGAACCGUCAAAACCUGGCGAGAGAAAUUUAUCGGUGGUUGUUGGUGUACGAUUACGGACAAUACUGGAAAUAAACAUGUCGGCUGGAAACUCCAAAAUUCCUAAGCUUCCAUCAUUGCUGAAACCUCCUACCAGGAGCCACAAAAAUUUGUCAGUAGCUGAGAAUAAAACCAGUACUGUAAAAACCACCGAAAACGCGGCUGUAAACGUUGCUGCAAGGAGAGGUCUUCGUAGAUCGAAAUCUACACCCCACCUUAAUCCUUUGGCUUCGAGGCCACUACUCACUAACGUUAGACCAGGAUCAAGUAAACAAACAGAAAAAAACAAUGCACUUUUAGUAAGAACGGGACAAAAACGGCCAGCGACACAAAAAACAGAUCAGGAAAACAAACCAAAAAUCCAAAAAGUCAAGAUCCCUGAUUGGGAUUAUAAAUCCCGAUUUCAUGAAAUACAAAAGAAACACACGACGUUAGUGGGGAGUUUUAAUGAAAUGAAAACGAGAAUAUUAAAUUUUGAAGGAUUGGAUGAAGAAGUACAGAUUCUGCGCCAAGAAAACAGCAACCAAAAGGAGCAAUUACAAGCAUUUGGACAUCGGGAGGAAUUAUGGCGGCAAGAAAAAGAACGUCUUAGUGGAGAAAACAGCGAUUUAAGUACCCAAUUACUUAAACUUACAAACGAUUUCAAUGACUUGGAAAAACGCCAUGAACUUUUACAAGAAAAUCAUAAAGAAAAUUUAGAAGUAUUGGAAAAAAUUCGAUCCGAAAAUUCGACUUUAACAAGUCAAUUAGAGAAAAUCAACAUUGAUUACAAUGAGUUGAGAACUGAGCAUGAGUUGUUAAAAAAAAAUUAUAAGGAAAAUCUGGACCGACUGGACACAUUACAAGAUAACAUCAAUGAGGCGCAAAGCCAAAAUAUUGAAUUGAGCCGACAAAAUGAGGAGUUGAUAAGAACUAAUUUGAUUUUAAAGGAGGACUUAGAAGCCCAAUACGACCAUCGGAGACAAUUGCAUAACGCAAUCCAAGACCUCAAGGGAAACAUUCGGGUGUUCUGCAGAGUCAGGCCCCCGACUAACACUGAAAUAGAAAAAAACGAAUUAUGUGCAAUACAUUUCCCCAAUGAGAGCAGUCUGGACAUAAGAAAAUCUCGAGAAAGCAUUAAUGCAAUCAGCGGACGGGCGAUGGACUUCAAGCAGGAAUUUUCGUUUGACAGAGUUUUUCCUCCAGAAGCAAACCAAGCUGAAGUUUUUGAAGAACUUUCCCAACUCGUUCAGUCAGCUUUGGACGGCUAUAACGUCUGUGUAUUUGCUUAUGGACAAACCGGAUCUGGAAAAACCUACACUAUGCAAGGAACGACGACAAACCAUGGUAUGAUCCCACGCACUAUUGACCUAAUCUUUGAGAAAAUCGAAAAACUGAAAAUUGCCGAAUGGAASUACACCGUUUCCGCGAGCUUUCUCGAAAUUUACAACGAGAACAUAAAGGACUUGCUGGUACCGCACAGUGCCUAUGAUUACGAACUGCGUUACAACGAAGGUCGGGGCGUUACGGUAACAAAUUUGAAAAUUGUUCCGAUUGAUUCAGCUCAUAUGCUCAAGUCGUUAAUGGAGGAAGCUCAUAAGAACAGGGCAGUGGCCAAUACGGACUUCAACGAACACAGUUCAAGAUCGCAUGCUGUUACCAAAAUUCAUCUUGAAGGAUACAACGCUCUGAGUAGAGCGAAAUAUGCAGCAUCAAUAAAUCUCGUGGAUUUGGCUGGUUCAGAAAGUGCGAAAACAUCAUCUGCUGAGCGAUUGAAUGAGACUAAGAGUAUCAAUAAAAGUUUGUCUACUUUAGGAAAUGUUAUGCUGGCACUACAUAAUAAGGACGCUCAUGUGCCCUUCCGGGACUCUAAACUUACCUUUUUGCUACAAUCGUGUCUAGGUGGAAAUUCGAAAACUUUAAUGAUUGUUAAUAUCUCACCGUUUGAAGAAUGUUUUGGAGAAAGUGUAAACUCGCUAAGGUUUGCUGCUAAAGUCAAGGAGAUAAAAACUUCUGCCAAGAAAAACAAGUGUUAUGCUCCACCAGCAGCGUUACUGCCUAUUAAGAAAGACAAAUAGAUUAUGUUUUGAUUAUGUUAUUAUUAUUUUAUUAUUUUAACUUGUAAAUUUUGUGUAUAGUAUAGUGUUGCGAGAGUCGUGUAAUGAAAGUUUUUAUUCACAUUUGUGUAUUUUACUUAUUUCACUAGAGAUUUUACUUGAGACAUUUUGUGUUUUUACCGAACGCGACUGUUUUUAUAAUUGUACUAUUAUUAUUAAACAUUUAUUUGCAGUGUAAUACAAUGUAUAGUGAAUGAAUUACAAAAUGAAAAUUAAUGAUAAUAAAAAAUUGUUCUGUUUA